AUGGGACUGCUGCGAAAGGAAGGGACUUUUUUCAAUUUUCCAGUUUCCGGGAAAUUUCCGCUGAGUAUUGUCAGUGGCCUCCUCACUGCCGGCGCCCGGUACGGUCCAAUAAACCUGACGGACCGAUUAGAAGCCAAUCUAUCGAUGAGCUGUUUUCAUCACGUGGAUGCUCGAAGAUGUGAUCAUGGGCUUGUCGGUGGCCUCCUCACUGCCGGCGCCCGGAACGGUACAGACGUGAAGCACUUUUGGAACAGGAAUCCGAAUCUGACGGACCGAUUAGAAGCCAAUCUAUUCUUUUUUUUACACAAUAGAAGGUCACCAGCGAGCACCAGGCUUUCGCACAUAGUUGAAAAAGUGAUAGCCAACUGCACCACUAAGCUAGUCUACUUGCGGAUAUACAUUAUGUAAAAUUCAAAUUAGUAGCGAGGACGUUAGCAUGUUGCAGUUGUUCCAAGAAGUAGAGGACAGCGAGAAUCAAUCGCCUAUGAUUUUACGAAUAAUGAACAAGAGCUCGCUAUCGCUUUGCUUUGUCAUCCCUAGCAAGCGGAUCCCAGCAGUUUGAGAAUAGAGAAAGCACAAAUGACCGCACCAAAGAACAAUCUUCGCAACUUGAAAGCGCGCAAAAUAGUGCCACGAGACCACAAAGUGGGAAAAGGAAGGCAUUUUGAAAAAAUUGAAAUGAUGUGACCGCGGGGG